AUGCGUACUACCUCUCCCUUGAUUGGUUCGAUGGUUAUCGCAGGCGUUCUGGCCAAUGCAUCGUUGUUCAGUCGCCGUCAGCUCUCGCCUGCAAAUACGGCAACCGCGCCAGCCGCCACUACAACAUCCAUACAAGACGGUGGCUUCAUGUCUAACAACGUUCAGCCCCUCAACAACGAUAGUUCGGCCUACCAUCUUGGCUAUCGCGAGGAAGAUUUUGCUCAACCUUGUGCUAGAUGUUACAAUCCCAAAGUCCCUGACCUGAGACAGCCCUUUCUUGAUGGAUUGUCGCGAAACCCUUAUGCUCGAGGCCGUGGCUAUACUGCGCACGAGGUCGCUGAGAUCUUUUCAUGUCCCGGAUACUUUGAAAACGUCUAUACUAUUGAUGCCAAUGGAACGCUUAUGAUUGCUGUUAUAAGUGAAACUCCGGAAGGUUCAGUUGUCCUGGGCCCUAUAUUUCAGAAGCAACCCACGGGGACGAACACUACUCUCAAGGACCGCUAUUUUGGCAGGACCUCUUUUAUCAACGUGUACAUCGGCGAAGAAUCUGCACCACUCAGCAUAAAAUUUGUUGACCCUGUGCUUGCGAAACUCGUCAGGACCUGGCAAGUCCCACAGGUCAAUUUUUUGUCUGCCGAAAGUCCACUCGAGAUAAGCACGUUCUGGUCGAAACUCCCGGGCACGCCCUGCUUCCUCAAAGCAUCCGCACGGCCAAGCUUGCGGAACAGUUCCAUCGACCGCGGGUUGACAGUACGCGUGCCAGCAAGAGGCAAACAGGUCCUCCUCCCGCGAGGAGAACCGUGUCCUUGGGCGCAUAUUGGAUAUCUCCAACCAAUUUUCCACUCAUAA